UAAAUGGGGUGCUCAGGUUGUAACCAUGUCAGAACUGGAUACAAAUCUUAUGUCGUUUCUUAGUUUUAUAUAUAUAUAAGAAAUUAGUAGUAAGUGAUUGAUUGUAACUUUUUAGUUACUUACGAAAGAGUUACACAAGAGACGUCUGUUUAGUGGAGUGUUCUAACUUUGAAACCAAUUUUGAGAGUUCUUACAGUGCGGUUUCUCCAGAACGAAAUCAUAUUGAGCAAGAAUUGUGUUUACAUCUUAUUGACCCUUCUCGAAGAUAGAUAACAUGUCCCAAAAGUUUAUGUUUUUCGCUGGAUUAAGUCUUGGAUUGAGCGUCUCAGUAGUCUAUCAAAUAUACUGUGGUAUACAGGGGUUUGACGGUCUCCAGAUAACAGCAUUACUGCCCAGCGUGGUACGGAACACAGUGAAGUUUAGUUUUCUAGAAAAUACGUCGUCGCCACUUGGAGCAACAGAAAUUAUCAUGCAGGCAAACCGAGUUAUAAAAACAACCACACCCUCAAUGCUUUUAUUACAAGGAGAUGAUACAAUCGCUCAAAGUCUGUAUACUAAAGUCAAAGUGGCUUGUUGGAUCCUUACUUCCCCUUCUAAUCUUGACAGGAAAGCUAUAUAUGUCAAGAACACCUGGAGCCGAAAGUGUACUUUCGUUCUCUUCAUGAGCUCUGUCAGGAACGACAGUUUCCCAACAGUGGGUCUCAAUACAUCAGAAGGACGAGGGCACCUGACAGCCAAGACUAUGAAAGCUUUUCAAUAUUUGUACGACAAUCAUUUCGACGACGCUGAUUGGUUCAUGAAAGCAGACGAUGAUACUUACGUCAUCAUGGAAAACUUACGCUACUUCCUGUCCGACGAGGACCCCAGCCAACCUAUCUACUUCGGUCAGAAGCUCAAGCCUUAUAUUAAAAUGGGCUAUGCUUCGGGUGGUGCCGGCUACGUGAUCAGCAAAGAGUCCCUGAGGCGUUUUGGUCUAAGAGGGGAUAACUACACGAGAACUUGCAAAGCGGACACAGGCCACGAGGACGUGGAAAUUGCCAGAUGUAUGGAGAGUCUUGGCGUGAAAUUGAAGCCCACUUUUGACAACAUGAACCGGCACCGUUUUCAUUUCACUUCGCCAGAGGUUUAUCUCAGGGCGAAGUUUUCUGACCAGUGGAAAACAGUGUUUGACCCUGAACAGGGCAGAAGCGGCAUUGAAAACAUCAGCAACUACGCCAUCACAUUUCACUACGUCAGCGGCAGCAAGAUGCACGACUUAGAAUUUUAUAUCUAUCACUUACGUCCUUACGGAAUCUUAAAUUUGCCCUUAAAUUUAAAUGUGAAAAAUAGUUCAGAAAUAGACUAACAAUGACUCAAUGACUUUAAUCAGUUUAUCUUGUUUGAAAUCUGUUCUGUAACACAAUAAAUUUCUCAGUACGGGUUCUUUAAUUUUUUAUUAGAUUUUCAGAAUUACGUCCUAAUCAAAACUUCCUGAACGGGCAGGGUUCGAACUCCGGGACUUAGUGACCAUAAACCACCUGUCAGAGUUGAGUAACUAGACAGCUCAAAGGCACGUCUCCAUGUGACUCGCGCCCAGGGGUAGAGCGAGGGGGGAGGGUGUCUUUCUGCAUUCCUCCUCACAAUACUGAUGCCUAAAUGUAUGUUUUGGUCACCUUAGAUUUUCAUUGUUUUACUCCAUUGUGUGUUUUGGCCUUUUUUUUUUAUGCUGAGUUUUUUCGGCUUUAUGUGUUUGAACAUGUCUAUACAUCAUCUGCCCUAGAGAUCGCAAGGUCUGAAAUGGUUAUUUUACUUUUAUUGGUGUUUAACUACAUGCUCUUUCUAAAAUGUUCCAUGUCAGUAAACAUUCCCAAGAAAUCAACAGAAAUUCAACAAUUAUCAAUGGGUGCAUGAAAAAAACAAAGUCCGUAAAGAAUCAUAGACACUGGUCAGUCAACUACUUGUGUCUGUUUAAACUUCACCUAAUUUUUUUUAUUAUAGUUUAUUUUUUUUAUAUUUUUUUAGGAUACCUCAGCUUUGUAGCUUUUGACUUCAGUUGUCAAGCUGUUUACAUCCUAGGAAUCCUUGGGCCUUUGCCUCUUUUCUUUGCCUCUUUUUUGGGCAUUGCCUCUUUUUUGGGCUAUUGGCCUCUUUAUUGGGCUUUUUUUUUUAUUAACAAAAAGAUGCAUAUUUUAUUAGUAAGCGUACAAAUUAAGUAUUUACAUUUUAAAGUACAAUGAAUGCAAAACAUAGCAAUGCAUAUAGUUACAUUUAGGUUGUCAUAAUAUUUUAAUGUUUUAAAUUGCUUUGUAUAUGGCGUUAUUUUUUUCAAAUAGCAUAAAAUAAAUAUUUUUGGCAUUUAAGGUUCUUAAAAUAUAUGUGGUGAGAAUGUCAACAAUAGGUAAUUAAAUAGAAACAAUCAAAGAGUGAAAGUAGAAACUUAAAUGAUAUUAAAACAUUUUAAACAUCGUAGUCACAUUUUUUUUCCACUUUGUCUACAUUGCUUAUGGAUGUCUCCUUUGUGCUUUGCUACAUUAUAGUUUAUUUAUUAAACAGAAAACGUAUAAUUAAUACAUCUUAACCCAAGCGAACUAUGUAUUUACUUUAUUUAAACUAAAAAUUACAGAUUUUAUUUGGGUGAAGGACAAACUCGCAUUUUGUUCAACGACCAUUGUGUUUUUCAGUGUUGAAAUGAAUUCAUAUAAAAUAGCGUAAAACAAAAUCAUCCUGAUGGCCAGUCAUUUUUGUUUCUGUGUUACACUGUUCUCAAAAGAAAACACAGAUACUGUUUGAUAUCUAUAGUUAUUCUCAAUAUCUCACUUGUAAUCUCAUUUUUCAAGUAACAGUUUAUUAUUCUCAUGUGUUAAUGGUGACAAUAUAAUUGAUUCUGUCCCAGCAGGUAUAUUAAGUUGUUUAGUUCAAUAACGUUAAGAGACUGGAGUUCUUUGUUAUGGCCUGCAUCGUAUAGAAGCAGGAAUAUCACGCUUUAUCGUUGGCUAAAUCACAUCAUAAAGUGAUAGUUAAGCGUCCGUGUUUUUAACUUAGAAUAGUUACAAGGGAGAGAACUUCAGUAAAUCGAUAAGGGAAGUAAAUCUCACUUUAUAAGAUGCAGUCUCACUCCGUUAACAAGCAAAAUGUUAAAAAACUUAAGCCUUUCUAAGGGGAAGAGCACCACAUUUAUAAUUAUGUCUCUCAAUAAUUUAGCAUUGAUUUCCCCUCUUUGACAUCAAACGAAAUAAUUAUUGAUAAUACCUCUAGAGAUAUUGUGCUAAUAUGAUAUUAUAUUACGUCAUUGUUUAUUGUUUAUGUUUUGUGCGAAAGCAAAAGGAUUU